CGCGGGACCCCGACCCAAGACAGCCUCCCCCUCGUAAUUUCUGGGUAUUGUAGUCCACCUCGUUCCGGUUUCCCGGGAAUGAACCGCGCCUACUUACGGCUCGCUUCGCCACAAAAACUACAAAACCCAGAAUAUAGCGCCAGUUUCCCUCGUCCAAUAGGAGCCCCCCUUGUAGCGAGGCUUGGAGGCCGGCCCUCGGAACAGAAGAUGGCGGACGAGAGUGAGACAGCAGUGAAGUCGCCGGCCCCUCCGCGGCCGCAGAUGAUGGAAGGGAACGGAAACGGCCAUGAGCACUGCAGCGACUGCGAGAACGAGGAGGACAACAGCUACAACCGGGGUGGUUUGAGUCCAGCCAAUGACACUGGAGCCAAAAAGAAGAAAAAGAAACAGAAAAAGAAGAAAGAGAAAGGCAGCGAGGCAGACUCAGCCCAGGAUCAGCCUGUAAAGAUGAACUCUUUGCCAGCGGAGAGGAUCCAGGAAAUACAGAAGGCCAUCGAACUGUUUUCAGUGGGCCAGGGACCUGCCAAAACAAUGGAGGAGGCUAGCAAGAGAAGCUACCAGUUCUGGGACACACAGCCCGUCCCCAAGCUGGGAGAAGUGGUCAACACGCACGGCCCCGUGGAGCCCGACAAGGACAACAUCCGCCAGGAGCCCUACACGCUGCCCCAGGGCUUCACCUGGGACGCCCUGGACCUGGGGGACCGUGGCGUGCUGAAAGAACUGUACACCCUCCUGAAUGAGAACUAUGUAGAAGAUGACGACAACAUGUUUCGGUUUGAUUACUCCCCGGAGUUUCUUUUAUGGGCCCUCCGGCCGCCGGGCUGGCUCCCCCAGUGGCACUGUGGGGUUCGGGUGGUCUCGAGUCGGAAGCUGGUCGGGUUCAUCAGCGCCAUCCCAGCAAACAUCCACAUCUAUGACACGGAGAAAAAGAUGGUGGAGAUCAACUUCCUGUGUGUCCACAAGAAGCUGCGCUCCAAGAGGGUGGCUCCAGUCCUGAUCCGUGAGAUCACCCGGCGGGUCCACCUGGAGGGCAUUUUCCAAGCCGUUUACACUGCCGGAGUGGUGUUACCAAAGCCUGUGGGCACCUGCAGGUACUGGCAUCGGUCCCUGAACCCACGGAAGCUGAUUGAAGUGAAAUUCUCCCACCUGAGCAGGAACAUGACCAUGCAGCGCACCAUGAAGCUCUACCGGCUGCCAGAGUCUCCCAAGACCCCUGGCCUGCGACCAAUGGAGAAGAAGGACAUUCCAGUAGUGCAUCAGCUCCUCACCCGGUACCUGAAGCAGUUCCACCUGACGCCGGUCAUGAGCCAGGAGGAGGUGCAGCACUGGUUCUACCCCCAGGAGAACAUCAUCGACACGUUCGUGGUGGAGAACGCAAACGGUGAGGUGACAGACUUCCUGAGCUUUUACACGCUUCCCUCCACCAUCAUGAACCAUCCGACCCACAAGAGUCUAAAGGCUGCUUAUUCUUUCUACAACGUUCACACCCAGACCCCUCUUCUAGACCUCAUGAGUGACGCCCUUGUUCUCGCCAAAAUGAAAGGGUUUGACGUGUUCAAUGCACUGGAUCUCAUGGAGAACAAAACCUUCUUGGAGAAGCUCAAGUUUGGCAUAGGGGACGGCAACCUGCAGUAUUAUCUCUACAAUUGGAAGUGCCCCAGCAUGGGCGCAGAGAAGGUUGGUCUGGUGUUACAGUAACCAGUUGCCAAUGAGAUUCUGGAUAAAGCCACUGAGAAUUCCAACCGGGAAAUGGAACCCCACCACUUGUUGGUCCAAUUUUCACAAACGUGAGAAUCCCUGGCAAAGGGAACAGAAGCGAACCGGCUUUACCAAACAGCCACUGGAUUUGACGAUUGUAUUGUGAUGGCGCGGGCUGCGCGAUGCCACCUCGGCCGUGUCUCUGGUCGCCCUGUUUUCCAGUUAAUCACAUCCUCACGCAGCCGCGAUCAAGGGAAUGCAGCUGCUGAAAACUGGCUCGUGAUUGGCAUAUUAUGGAGUUAACGGGUGAAUAAUAAAAGUAUAUAUAUUAUAUAUAUAAAUAUUUUAAAUAUCUUUCCUGUUCCAAAUGUACAAGGAUGUUCGGUCUCCAAUGAAAAGCUGAAUCCAGGUCAUUCCUCAAAGUCAGAGUCAAGGACAGUGCCGUAUGCACACAUUGGUACAGCGCCUUCCUUCCUCCUGAGAGCAGGCACUGGCUCCUCUUGGGGGAGCAGGAGAAAGAGGAUGCGGGUGUUUACCCAGUUCCCCUCCUGAGUCAGCUGCACUGGUUGGCUUCGAGAGUGCGGGGUGCGGUGGAGGGACUGCGCCAAGCUUGGGGGGGGCUCAGAUCUCGCAGGCCACAGGCGGCGUCCUGGGUGGGGCCGGCCCUACUCAGGCUCGCCCGCAGGCCCUGGGCGUGUCCCGCGCUCGGAAACCGGGCGCCGUGGCGCCCUGGGGACGCAGAGUCCGUUGAGUCCCUCCCUCCAUCCUCUUGGCCUGCUCCCUGGUGGAAGUCCUGCCGACUCUCCAGCAGCUGUUGCCAACCUUACAGUCACGGGCACCCUGAGAGACUGUUUUUCCACUCCCACGGGUGACUGGCAGCUUGAAGGGGACUUCUGACCUCCUUGUAGCAUUUGAGACCUUGAGGAGACCGUGUCUGUACCAUCCCUGGUGAGCUCGUCUCCGAGCAGGGAGCCAGCACCCUGGCGGCCCUGGGGCUGCCCAGCAAGGGCGGCGUGGGGCCGAUGCCCAGGUGCCUCCGGCCACCAGUCCCUGGCUUGUGCCUUCCAACCCACUGGCCACCUCUUGUCCAAGACACACACAGUUCGAGGAAUGGUGGUUAGACGCCAGUCUGGACUUGGCAACAGAAAUGGUUCUGUGUUGCCAUGGUCCCGGCGUGACUUUCACGGAGGCUGUUUGGUGGGUUUUGUGGUGGUGGUGGUGGUGGUGGUGGUGGUGUUUAUGGAUGCUGCCGGGUUCCCCGCCAGGGAUGGAGCCCCCAGGCAUGUGGCCGUGCAGGCAUCGCUCAUUUGUGCCCAGCCCGGUGUCAGGGAGGGUCGGGCCGUGGAAUUGUCAGCAGCCCGCAUCCUGGCUUCUGUGUGACUUUUGCUGUGGGAGAAAGUGAGAGGGUGGAUUGCAUGGCGUGGGGCUUUCCUGGCUGCUUUCACCUCUCGGCUGCUUGCAGGGGAAAGGGAGUCAUAGCCGGGCUCGGCCUGGCUUCCUUCCUCGCUGAAGCCGGGCUCCGCAGGCCAGCAGAGCCGGGUGUCAGGCUGUUGGUUUCGGUGCGGUUCGCCAGAGGCUAAUCCUGCGGUCCCCAGAGCUGGAGGGAACCCUGCGCGUGGGAGAGCGGCUGUGCUGCCUGCUGGGAGGCAGCCCGCUCUCUGCGGCCCGGCCUGGACUCCCGGAGAGGCCUGCAUGGGCCUCCCUUCUGUCGUCCCUGUGCUGCAACCUGCGGGCACCAAAGAUCACGGCUGACCUUCGACUCCUUGACUCCAAGAUACCCAGACCAAAGAAGCUGCUGUUCUUAGCAAGAGACUCACCGCAUUCCGCAGACAGGAGGAGUCGGAGAGGCCGGGGCUCGCCUUCCAGCCUUCCAGGUGUCAGACCCAGCGCCCCGAGUCACCCAGCGGCUCGCCCUGUUCGGGCUUGAAGGAUAUCAGAGAACAAUGAGCCUGCCUCUUGGCUACCUUGGGCAGGACCUGGGACUUGGAAAUACUCCCUGGCAGAGGCUCGGUCAGCUCUGGGCCAAGCCCCAGCCCGCACUGCCUGUGUAAUGUGGGAUGCUCGACCGCCCCUGGAGAGGGCUUGGCCUCCGUGGACCCAGGUCACGGGAUGGAAACCGCGAGGCCUGUGGCUGCUCCGAAGAAACAGAUCUCCUGGAAAGGCCUCGGUGUCCCCUCCAGAGCCGCAAGGCCUGCUCCCUGGACUCUGUUGUUCGUGGUGGGGACCCUGCCCCACCCUCAGCAUCACCCUCAGGUCUUUGGGGGUUCGCUCGGCGGUUGCUGCGUCAGCCUCCUUUUUGUCCACACAGCCCUUGGGCUCUUCACUCAGCCCCUUGCAGGACUUGUCCGCGUGCUCGGAGAGAGCCAUCAUUUGGGGUUCAGGGCCUCCCCACAAGGAGCCUUGACUGGGGCAGGGCGGUGCAGCUGUGGCUGGUAGAACCAAACAAGGGAAGGACCCGGGGCCUCCUCCCCCGGGACCUGCCCCGGGCGGCUACUGUUGGACAGCCUCCUGGGUGCGGCCCUCACUCUGCGCCACCAGUGCUCCGUGCUGGCGCCAGGCGGCUGGACUCCCGUGUGUCUGAAUGUUAUUUCCUGCCUUUGGACUGACUGCAUUUGACCCCCGACGCCGUGGCCAGUUCCCACGGCCUCCUGUCUCUGCAGGGAGAGACCUGGGGAGGGAGGAGGCCUGGGCUCUGGACAGAGGUCUGUGUGGGGCUGGUCUGUGUGGGGCUUGUUUCCCAACCCAUGCCCAAUUCCGUAGAUGCUGACCUCUGGCUUGGAGGCUGGCCCACACCUAGCCCCUUGGGACCCUGCCUGCACCUCCCUUCUGAUUGCCCCGCCCCACCCCACCCUUACUCCCCGGCUCACUGAGGCCCGAGGGUGGGUGACCCAGUGGUCUUGAAUUCUUUGCUCAGAGAUGACCAGCAUUUAGCCAACCCACGGGGUGGCCCAAAGGCCUGGGCAGCUUCAGGGCAAAGUGGUCUAGAAGCAGGGGGGAGGUGCUGCCCGGCCAGGGGAGGGGGUUGGGAGUGUGUCUCUGGCCAGGGCCCACCUGCCAAGGGGGCAGCCGCCUUCUGGCCCGGCCCACCUGCUCGGACAGGAGACCGAGGCUGGGGCUCUGCCCUGCUGCUGAGUGAACGCAGCCCGGCCUGCGGGCUGCCCCUGGGGAGCCUUAGUGGGGCAGCUGCGGUCAGUUCAAGAACCUUGACUGCGGGCAGGUGCGGCGUCUGGGACGGGGGAGCUUCACCUUUCUGUCUUGGCUUUUCUCUGGGCUGCGGGCGGGGCAUCCAUUUCCAGGGUGGGGGAGGAAUUGCCUUGUCCGCUCGAUACAUCUCACUUGUUUCUAAUAAAGGAAGCAGCUGAAUAAA